UAAAAAUGAACGAAUUCAAUGAAAAAAAGAAAGUCAAAAAUGGUGUGGAAAAUGACCAAGAAUACCAGAAGUUUUUGAAAGAAAGCAAGAUGCGGACAGAUAGGUUGCGGGAACAGUACAAGCAGUACCUGAACCCAAUCUCUCCGGCACAGCCAAGUGAUCGCAUGUCCGAUCACCAGAGGCCGCCGGCGCCUAUCAUAGAGAAGCACUCCUGCUUGUCAACCAAGACAAAGUUUCCUAGGGGAGAGGAAAUAGUCAAGAGCACAUCCAGCCAGGCGGUGCUCGAUAUUCUCGCGAAAUAUGAUAAUAUUCAUGUUCCGCAGCAGUGUCCGUGCGAGACGGUUCCGCAAGGCUGUGAUCCGGCACGCAAGAAGCGACGUGGUCCAGGCAGUGCUAAAAACACGGACGUCCAACCAACACAUGUAUCGUCAUAUACAAAUAAUCUUUUGGGCAGUGUCAAUAAUGCUACGAAUCCGCAGGGCGAUCCCUCAGUCAAGCCAAAGAAGCCCUAUUCAAAGUCGGCGACUAACGCAGCGGGAAACUCAUCGGCUAAGGCAGUCGCCGAAGCAGAGGCCGCCCAAGCAGCAGCCGAGGCAGCGGCCAAGGUAGCGACCGAGGCAGCGGUCAAGGCAGCGGCCGCCCAGGCAGCGGCCGAGGCAGCGGCCAAGCGAGCGGCCAAGGUAGCGGCCAAGAUAGCCAAGGUAGCAACCCAGGCAGUGGACACUUCAGGGUCCGAAUCAAAGUCCGAAUCAAUUUCCGAAUCAGAUAGCGAAUCAGAGAGUGUCACGGCAAGUGCCGGAACAGGUGUCACGGCAGAAGCCGGAACGGGUGUCACGACAGGUGCCGGAACAGGGGCUGGAAUAGGUGCCGGAACAAGUGCUGGAAUAGGUGCCGGAACAGGUGUCACGACAGGUGCCGGAACAGGUGUCACGACAGGUGCCGGAUCAGGUGCUGGAGCAGGUGUCACGACAGGUGCCGGAUCAGGUGCUGGAACAGGUCCUGGAACAGGUGCUGGAAUAGGUGCCGGAACUGAGGCCAACGAUAAGAAACCGAACGAAGAGCCACCACGCGCAAAGCGCAAAUACGUCCGCAAGGCCCCCCUUAAACCACGCACAACGAAGACACCGGCUCCGAAGCCGGAUCCAACAAUCAUCGAAGAUGAAAAUAUGAUUCCAUUGGAAGUUAAGCCGCGCAAACCUCGCAAGCCAUAUGGACCGCGGAAGAACCCCCCCGAGCCAACACCUACUCCUGAUGUAACUGGUGCAGCAGCCGCUCCACCGCUUGAUCCCCCCCUGGCGCUGCCUGUUACCCCAUCCUUACAGCCCUUUAAUUCGGCGGCAGCAGACCCCCCCCCUGUGCCAUCUACUCUAGCAACACCUGUGUCAACUACACUGGCAACACCUAUGACACCUGGAGAGAAUAGCGUACCAGCAGUUAAGCCAAAGCGCAAGUACACCAAACGAAAUCCGGCGGCUGUCAAGCCUCCUCAGGCUCCGGAUGCUUCAGCAAGUGACGCACCGCCUAGGACGACCCCCCCUUACAUCAGAAAAGCUCCUAAGAAGUCGCCAAAGCCGAAGGCUUCUCCUAAAAACCCCCCCAGGCCUCCCAAGGCAAAAAUGGUACCUCCGGAAACAUUCAUUCCCAAGCCAUCGCCCCCCCCGAUGACAGCCUGUGCAGAUGAGAGCAUCCGAAAUAUUCUAAAACGUGUGAGUGCCCCCCCCUCCAAAUGCCUUAAGCCAGUCAAAUCAACUGAGUCAUCUGAGCGGCAGCCCACCCCCCCCAUACCAACAGCUCCAUGUCCAGUCCCAACUGGACGGCCUUCUGCAGAGCCAUUGUCGACUGUACCCAGGAGAAGCUGGCCACCAGCACGUGUAGUUGCAUCGGGACCCCCCCCAAUGCCAUCUUCAACAGUUCAAGUUAAAGUCAAGCAGGGAAAACUCCCGAAGGGGCAAGCUAUGCCAAUGGAGCCCAAUGAACCCAGCUUCCGAUAUAAUCCCAACUGGACCACAACCAGCUCCCGAACUCCCAAUUGA